AUAUGGCAGCGUCCUACAGAGUCUGGGAAGGACUGGCUCUGUCGCUUGUAUUAUUGUUUUCUGCAACAAUCGUCAUUGCCUUUGAUACGGGUGGUAACUAUAUAUGCCUAUGCCUGCUGUCGCUGAUUCUUCUAUUGUGUCUGGUAUUGCGAUUUCCCGGCAUGGACAAGAGGGUCUGCGUACUUGUUCUCGGAGACAUCGGUCGUCACCCACGUAUGCAAUAUCAUGCCCUGUCAUUUGCAAGACAUGGCUACCACGUUGAUAUGCUUGGAUAUGGAGGUUCAAAGCCACAUGAUGAACUCUUAAGUUGUAAAAAUAUCACUUUACAUGAAAUGCCGCAAAUUCCUGUUUUACCAAAAUAUUUGAUGUUUCAUGUUUUCUUUUUAUUUGUAGUUAUUCCAAGAAUAUUUCAUUAUGGAUUCAAGAUAAUUCUUCAGUCUUUUAUAUUGGCAGUUUAUCUUAUGUUGGGAAUUUCCAAACCAAAGCUGGUAUUAUUACAGAAUCCUCCUGCACUGCCGACAAUCGGUGUAGCCAGCCUCAUCUGCUUUCUGCGUGGCUCAAAGUUAUUCAUUGAUUGGCAUAAUUAUGGUUAUACCAUAUUGAGUAUGGCAGUUGGUAAAAAACAUCCACUUGUAAAAAUAUCUAAAUGGUAUGAGAAAUUAUUUGGUAGAUUUUCUCACGAUAAUUUGUGUGUUACGAAUGCUAUGAAAGAAGAUCUUGCUGUAAACUGGUCGAUAAAAGCUGUUACAAUGCACGACAGACCACCACUUAUUUUUAAACAAACUUCAAAAAGUGAACAACACAAGUUAUUUCUCAGGUUAUCAAAAGACUAUGCAGUCUUUGGUGCUUCAGAAAACAAGAAAUACACAACAGCAUUUACAAGAAAAACUAGUAAUGGUGGUGUUGAAUCAAUAAAUGAAAGACCUGCUUUGCUUAUAAGCAGUACUAGUUGGACUGAAGAUGAAGAUUUUUCUAUACUUCUUUCAGCUUUAGAAAAAUACGAAGCUGCAUGCUGUGAAAGUAGUUCCGGUUUACCCAAAAUUGUAUGUGCAAUUACUGGGAAAGGUCCCAUGAAAGAAUAUUACCAAGGUAUCAUAGCAACAAAGAAGUUUCAACAUGUUCAUAUAUGUACACCUUGGUUAGCUGCAGAAGAUUAUCCGUUGUUAUUAGGUUCUGCUGAUAUUGGUAUAUGCUUACAUACUUCGUCAAGUGGAUUAGACUUACCCAUGAAAGUAGUAGAUAUGUUUGGAUGUGGACUGCCAGUAUGUGCCACA